UGCUGCCCGUUGGAUGGGCUGAGGCACUACAACAUACUUUCUCCCUCCUUGAGCGCAUCAGCGAGCCCUGAUCCAUAGGUGGAGAAAGGGAGAGAGAAAAAAAGCUGAGAGAUCUUCCCAGACAAGAUCACAGAAAUGUAACAAUUACGAGAGGAGAAGAGGAGAGCAGAAAAGAGGGAGAUUUUAAGGAAACCGAAGGCUUCAAAGUCUACAUUAUUAAGGAGGAUUUGAGGAGCCUGCGUUUAUAAUCCGACAUCAGAGGCGGAAUGUGAAUCCAAAUAACUUAUGGUAAUUAGAGAUUUUAACGAGUGUGAUACGAUUUGGACGACUCUGAAGCACCGAGAGAAGAAUUUCAGAUUGGCCACUUCAAUUUUGGAUUUUUUUGGGGGGGAGCUGCUCGCGCUCACCGUCGGUUUGUCCCCGAACUGAUUCGUAAUUCCUACAGUAAUUUGCGCCUAAAAGGAGUUGGUUAUCAGAGGUUGUGCUGGAAUAACUGUGCGCACACGCGCGCACACACCGGAGUUACCGCUAUUCCGGACAGAGUGGAUGAUUUUAGCGCGCCUGUUUCGCUUUCUUUGCCUCGUAAUUCGCAGGUCCCAUCUGAUUCCUGCCAGACUUUGAGGAGAUUAUUCUUUCUUAACAAUAUCAAACCCGACUGGCCAAGGUGGAUCCCAAGAAAAUCUCGAGGAGUGACAGCUGACAUUCGCGCCACGAGCCACUGAAGCUCCGGAUCAACUUCAAAACUAAAGCGCACAAGUUUUCAGUCUGGAAUAUAAGAAUAGAUGAUUCUCAGAGGACCGAAGACGAAAUACACCUAGGCCUGCAAAAUGUUCAGAAGAGGCUGCGGGCUGGAGUUCCUGUUGGUUCUCUGUGGGCUCGAAUUUUCCUGGUCCUGCCCCCGUCACUGCAUCUGCUACACUGCACCCAGCACUGUCUCCUGCCAAGCCCACAACUUCCUGUCUGUACCCGAAGGCAUUCCUCCUGACAGCGAACGCAUCUUUUUACAGAACAACAAGAUCCACCGCUUACUCCGGGGUCACUUCAGUUCCAACACGGUCACUCUCUGGAUAUACUCUAAUAACAUCACGUACAUCGAGCCCUCCACCUUCCACGGUUUCACAUUGCUCGAAGAGCUGGAUCUGGGAGACAACCGCCACCUGCGCUCCCUGGCUGAAGAUACUUUUCAUGGGUUGAGCCGGCUUAAUGCGCUACAUCUGUACCGAUGUGGACUCAGUUCCCUCCCUAAUGACAUCUUCAAAGGCCUCAGAAACCUGCAGUAUCUUUACCUACAGGAUAACCAUCUGAAGUUCCUGCAGGAUGACACAUUUAUGGACCUCCACAACCUGAGCCAUCUGUUUCUGCAUGGAAACCGUUUGUGGAGCGUCAACCAGAACACCUUCAGAGGCCUUCGAGCCUUGGACCGACUGCUCCUGCACCAAAACCAGAUCGAGUGGGUUGACCGUCUGGCCUUCCAUGACCUGAAACGUCUCACCACCCUCUACCUGUUCAAUAACUCCCUGAUACAGCUGUCUGGACAGUGCCUGGAUACUUUGCCUGCUUUGGAAUACCUGCGCCUCAACGACAACCCCUGGUCAUGCGACUGCAAGGCCCUGUCUCUGUGGGAAUGGUUAAAACGUUUCCGAGGUUCAACAUCUUCAGUGGGUUGCCAGACACCAGCUGAAAUGUAUGGAAAAGACCUCAAGGAACUGCGCAAAGAGGACUUUCCCAACUGUUCGCCAACUGCUCCUAACUCUGAGUCUAGAGCCCAAACUAACAAUUUAUCUGGUACGGUGAAUCCGUCCAUGAAUCGUGGAGUAGUGGUAGGCUCUGGAGGGCAGACCCACUUAGUCCAGCCGUCGAGACCUGGUCGUUCUCGGAACUGCACAAAGCCUCGCACCAGGGGGAGCAAGGGGAAGGGUGACAACGAGGUUCACCACUCAAAGGAGGUCAUGGCAGACAAGGAGGAUUCCUCCCCAGAUUUCACAGAGGGGGGGAAACAUGACCACACAUCCCCAGAUGGCACCGUCACAAGGAGGAAGCACAAGUGCACCCCCCGGACCACUGUCCGCCCCCCUAGUGGGGUUCAGCAAGCCAACAAUAGGGCAACCUUAUCCCAGUCUUUACUACACAUCCCUGCCCUUUUUGUGGCCUUUUUAACAACAAAUAUUCACAACAUUCUCCGCUGACCUUCAGAGGGUUUGGCUAACUGCAAAGACACAGCCCUCAGACCCUCUCUAGCUCCUGCACUACAAGGCCUGUGUGUCAUUUAUGUAUGUGUGUGAGUGUGAUUUUAUGUGUAAAUGUUGUGUAGGGAGCUUUACUGUUCAGACUCAAACAGGCAUCAGAGCAUCAAACAUUACAACAGGAAGACCCAUAGCACAAACAUUACAGCAGAAAGACUCAUAGCACAAAAGUCAAAGGGAGAGAAAGAGGACAGAAAGGUUAAUGCGACCAAGCUUGCACUGCCACUUACGCUAGUUUGACUUCAUUUCAUGUCUUCAUAUAUAUAUUCUAAAUUCUUGCCCUCAACCAGAGCUCCAACAACCAAAAUGUGGUGAAAAUUUAAAAAAAAAAAAAAAAAAGGAGGUGAUGACAGAGCAAGUGGCUAGUAAGUUAGCUAGCUCUGAGAUGGAUGAGCUAGGCACUCUGUUUAGCUUUAAUUUCAGUUGAGAGUUUGUAAAUUACUAUCAAAAAAAGUUCAAUAUUGAACCUUGACAUUUCCUCAUCCUCUCUGCAUAAUGUAUUUUCUUUUGUUUUGUAUGCUAACAUGAUUUCAAGAAUGUUUCUCAUAAACUAGGAGGUAAAGUGUUAGCAUGGCAAUAAAAUGUCAGUCUUUUUCAGACAUAAGAAUGUGCCCGUCUCUCAACGAAUACAAAUCUACAGCCAUUGAUGUUUUUACAACCAACAGCUAGUUAGUUUGUACAAAGUAUGAGGCAGUGGCACAUGCUAACAGCUACUUUCUGCUACUGCCAAACGAUGGCUUUUUCAGGUAUCAUACCAACAAUCCUUUCCAUUUACCUACUUCUCAUUGGUAUCACAUUAAACACGCAAAUCUGCUUCCAUUCUCACCUCUCUCCUUCUGUGCAACUAAAUAUUAAGCUGCUAAUUGUUUCAAGAUAAUGAGAACUGCCAUGCCCUAAUUUCAUUUGCUUGGAAAACAAUGUGCAUCUCUGGGAGAUCAAGCUGUGAAUAUUGAAGAGUCUGUCUAUAUCUUGUGUCAGAUGUUGUUCAUAUGAUUUUUGUAAGGCACAAAACGGACCUAAAGAGACAGAUCCCCCCCCCCGCUGCAGGGCCAAAAGGAGCCUUAGAGGUCUAAGGGUCAAACAGGGCUUUCUCAGUUUCUCACUGAGGUUGUUCUGAACUGAUCUCUCCUCUGGGAGGGAAAAACCUUCCUCUCUGAGAAUAUGAGGAACACAUUUUUUUCUUGAUCAUUGAACUUCAAAAGGAAUACCGAGACAAGACUUGAGGAAAAAAUGUGUGUGUACAUUCAAUGACUUGUGAUCAAUAAAAGAUAAAAAAAAAAAGCACACUGACAGGAGCAUGGAGAACAGGGAUCAUGUUAACUGAUGUGGGGAUCCAAGAACAAGACAAUCGCUUCUGAAAUAAUAAGAUGCCGUAGAACGUGGAUUUAAAAGAUGAACAAAUACGGGACAUCCUACUUCAGGAGCUUUUGUGCCUCUCUUGAAUCUACUGAUAGGAUGGUGUUUGUAUCAAUGAUGUAAACUGUACCAGUAACAAGAAGACAUGAGGACUUCUUGCAGUGCUGAUAUUAAUCAUUUCCUGUAUAACUAUCAGAAAAACAAUAUCAGUGACAUUGAUGAUGAUAACAGGGUUAUCUGCUCCUCUUGUCGGGAGGAGUCUUUUGACUUUUUUGAUUUCCUGGUGGUUUGUUUAUUUACGUAUUUUUCAUGUUAUAUUUUUAGAGCCAUUUUUUGUUAAUGCACAACUAUUCACCUCCAUAUUACCCGUUCGACUGUAUGCCUAUUCAUCUUCCUUAUUUGCCAUAAUUUGAUUGUUCAGUAAGUUAUCAUCA